ACUCUGUUCGUGCGACUGGAUCACUUGUCCGCUUGCCGUUGUUCCGUUCAGGACGCUUCGUACUCAUUGUGAGACUAACCGGAACAGAGCGGCAAUAGACGAUCCCACAAUUAAAAUGGCUUCCAGACCACUCAACGAUGAUGAAGUAUUGAGCGAGAUGAACAAGAUGGUGGCCUUCAUCAGGCAGGAGGCGAUGGAGAAGGCACGAGAGAUUAAGGUGAAGGCAGACGAAGAGUUUGCUAUCGAGAAGGCUAAGCUCGUGAAGCAAGAACAGCAAGCCAUCGACGCCCAGUAUGAAAAGAAACGCAAGGGCGUCGAGACCGCACAGAAAAUUGCCCAGUCCAACCUUACCAAUAAAUCACGUUUGAAGAUUCUCCAUAAAAGAGAGGAGCAGCUACAAGAGCUGUUUGCCACUGCACGGGAGGAGAUCUCAAAGUUUGCAGAGGACGAAGGACGGUACUCUCAAUUCUUGGAAGGUGCCGUCUUGCAAGGCUACCUCCAACUCAUGGAGCCAAAAGUGAUCCUUAUUGCCCGCCCGGCUGAUGUAGAACUCGUACGGAGCGCAGGGGCUGCUGCUUCCGAGACAUAUACUCAGCUGAGUGGGCAGCAAGUAUCGUUUGACGUCCAAGGGACGCUGGAGGAUAACAGUGCCGGUGGUAUCAAAUUGGCCAGCGGUAACAAGCGGAUAACAAUCGACAACACGUUAGAUGAACGCUUGAGACUACUCGAGGACAAGAUGCUUCCGGAGAUUCGAGUGGAUCUCUUUGGCCCCAAUUUGAACAGGAAAUUCUAUACAUGAUAGGACAAACGUUCACACAUACCUGUAGCUAGUCCACCUGCUUGAGCACAUAUCUACAUAUCCUUUGAAUGAUGGUGGUCAUUCACAUCCCAAGGUGUCGCAAAAAGGAAUUAUGAGAAAAGCCG